CUUGCCUAAUAUGGCUCUACACUUUGGUGGCCAAAUACGGCCAAAUACGGUCAUUAUCAAGUACUGUGGUGGCCGCUUGUCCGAGUCGAUACACUUUGUUUCGCUGCGACCGCAGCAUCCAUCUUCCUCUCUCUCGUUUACAUACCUACUAUGCCGACUCAAUCAACGCUCUCUAAAGAGGAGAGGGCAAAAGUCAAGUCCAUAAAUACCCCUAGCAAGACACUUUACGCAUCACUCGGCCGUAUCUACUAUGCAUACCCGAACCCUAAUGAAUGGACUUAUACCGGCUUGCAAGGAGCGAUCUCAAUCGCUCACGAUGAGAAGCAGAAUAUCUUUUAUUUGCGGUUGAUUGAUAUGAGUGGGACGAGGGGUGUUAUUUGGGAGCAUGAGGUCUACGACGGGUUUGAAUACUUCCAGGAUAGACCAUACUUCCAUUCGUUUGCGGGAGACGAUUGCAUGAUUGGUAUCGUUUUUUCUAGUGAAGACGAGGCCAAGAACUUCCACAAGAGGGUCAACGAGAAGAAAAGCAGCAAAGGUCGGCAUCACUUGCUACCGUUCCUGACCUCUGCUCACCCUCCCGCAGCAAAGAAGAAAUCGACGGCCACAAAGAAGAAGGCCACGAAGGGUGGCAAGAUUGACAAGUCCAUGAUCUCGGGACCUACACAGGGCUCAUUCCGUCACCUUGCGAGUAUGCGUUACGACGAAGAAAAGGGAUUCACCUCUACCAAUGUCGAUCCAUCUUGGCAACAACUCCUCACCUCUCUGGAAGGCCAAGGUAUCGAUAGGAGCUUGAUCGAGCAGAACCAAGACUUUAUCAGGGACUUCAUCAAAGACGCGCAGAAGGAUGCUGCUACCACCGCAAAGAAGAAACCCCCUCCUCCUCCUGUACCGAGACAUCGCAUUCAUGCUCAACAAGAUAGUAUUACUAAACCACCUUCACCGGCGCCUCGUCCGCCUCCACCUCGACAAGCACUACCACCGCAUCGAGUAGCUCCUCCACCUGCGCCUCCGGCAAGAGCGCCUUCACCUCCGCCCGCUCCUGCACCUCCUGCACCUCCCGCACGGUCUGCACCAAGCGCUCCUCCUGCCCCUCCUCCUCCUGCACCGCCGAGUCGUGGUGGACCACCGCCACCACCCCCUGCUCCUCCAGUUCGUCCGAGUGCUGCACCUCCUACACCACCACCCGCACCUCCUGCACGAGCACCUGUAGCUCCUCCGCCACCACCCCCAGGACGUCCCAGUGCGCCGCCGGCUCCCCCGCCGCCUCCACCACCUCCACCACCUGCAUUUGGAGGAGCACCUUCCCCGCCGCCGCCGCCUCCACCUCCACCUCCUCCCCCUGCUGGAGGAGGUCCACCCCCACCCCCGCCUCCACCUCCACCGCCAGCUGGAGGUGCGCCCCCUCCUCCGCCGCCUCCUCCACCACCUCCACCAGGCGGAGGAGGUUCACCUGCAGGCCUUGCCCCACCACCACCAGGACGCGAUGCAUUACUUUCUUCUAUUCAAGGUGCGGGUGUGCAUAUGUUGAAGAAGCGAAGCGAUUCGGGGGCGACUGCACCUACUCGAGCUACACCUCCACCUCCGGCUGCUGAAGAACCUGCUGGUGGCGGAAGUAGCGCUGGAGGUGGGGGUGACUUGACUGCUGCACUUGCUGCUGCGUUGUUGGAGAGGAAUAAGAAGUUGGGGGAUAGUGAUGAAGAGGAGGAGGAAGAUGAUUGGGAUUGAUUUAUAUUGAUACCUCCAGCUUGUCACUGUUUUCGGGCUAUUUUUUAUUGGAUUUAUUUUGAAAUGAACAUUGCCAUUCUAUGGUGGUUUUGGCGAGUCUGUGAAAGUGUGUUUUAUUGACCAUUUC